UAUCAUUAUGGCUAUCGCUUACCAGAAGAAGAUAAGCAUUUAUUUGAUUCAUUACACUGUUUUCAGUGCAGCACAUGCGGGAAAAGUUUCAAUCGCUCUUCAACGCUAAACACACAUGUACGGAUCCAUCUGGACAUGGUUUUAGGUAUGAAACCUUACGUUUGCGAGGUAUGCGGGAAAGCAUUUCAUCAAAAUGGAAAUUACAGAAAUCACCGGAUGACACACGAUGACGAGAAGCGAUAUCAAUGUCAGAUUUGCAAAAAGGGUUUCCACCAGCCGUACAACCUUUCGUUCCACAUGCACACCCACACAAAGGAUAAACCUUUUAGAUGCUCUGUUUGCGACAAAGGCUUCUGUCGCAACUUUGACUUGAAGAAGCAUGCGCGUCGAAUGCAUACUUUGUUCUGA